AUGUCUCAACACCUCUCGGUAUUUACUACUCAGUGUGAAAUAUGCUUGGGAAGGUCAACAUGGGAUUUCUUGCAAGACUUCUACCUGAGGGUGGAAGCGGCGGAGAAUCACUCACGAGGGUUAGAGAAGGAUCUCUGCGAAGCUCAAACAACGAUGCACCAUUGCCAAAAUACUCUCGUUCAGUGCGAGGCGUCUCUACUCUCUAGCUGGGAAGUUCUCAAUGAAGAGCGUCGAAGUCAUCAAGCAUGCCAAGAUGCUCUUAUGUUCGAAAGCGGUAGACAAAAAGAUACGAUAGAAUUGCUCGAACGAAUACUCAAGGAGGCCAUAUUGAGUAGCGAGGCUACAGAGAUUCUCGGUGGCCGACGUACCCCAGGGCCCGGAAAUGCAAUCUAUCAAACAACACCGACAUUUGAGGGUUCCCAAACAGAGAUGACCCAAAACGCACAGAUCUUGACAGAGAACGGCACAUCAAAUUCUGUGGAACGACAGAGUGAAUCGCUUCAGCUGGGUGAGCACGAGAGCCAGAUUGCCACUCGCGUCUGCAGCACUGAAAUGUCAAACCAAAUCCAGCAAAAGAAUUCGACAUCCACUCGAAGCGGAUCAUAUGCCACUAGUAGGACCGCGAAUGUCUACGGUUGUACGGAAUCUGCACAGAUCACUGAAAGCAGGAGGAUCGCGCAAAACAGCGUGCGGGAGUCACCUCUGAGAAGAACACAAUUCCCUGGUGAACACUAG